ACCGAUACUCUGCCUAUUCACGUACGUAAGCCAACGUUGCUUACACUGACAUGUGUGUCUAAGCCGGUGAAGUGAUUUCUGCAUGUCAUUGGCUUCGGGGAGUGCAUUUUUUUGUGUGAGGAUGGGGCUGCAUCAUUGAUAAGCUAAUCUGGUGAUAGGUGCAGAGUUAAUCCUCUAGCAGUUCUCCAUACCCGUGGAUGUUCAAUCUUAGCUUAGUCUGUGUGGUAAUAUGUCCACUUGUUUUAUCCAAAUCUGCAUGUACAACCGUUGAAUUGUACACGUACAAUGUACAUGUACAUGUAUGCAGCUGUAUACCGGUGUGUACAUGUACAGGAUAAACAGAGAGAUGAGGUGAAAUUGUUUGUUGCUAGUACUGUUCGUCAUGAGAAAUUCGUCUUGCCUGGAGGUGCAAAGAUGUACUCUAUUUGUGUACACCAGCUAUGAAAAAUGUUGACUGAGAUCAUGUACAGGUGCCUGGAUAUGUUCAUGUAUGUUGUCUAGUCCGUUGUGCUUCGAUUCAACUGCAUCAGUUAACCAUUGCUCUCUGUGAUCGGAAUAAUGUGAAUAUCACCACCGUUUGUAAAGAUCACCGGUGAUGAGUGACUGUGACAGGUAACGUUUUCUGGGACAUCAUCUUUAUAGUCAAGGAAGCCAUUGUUUUGGUUUGGAUCUGUGGUGACCAUGGGGAAACCACCUAAAAACCCUGCCAUGGUUCGACAGUCCAGGUCCAGCAAGAAUCAGACCCAGAACAUGAAGGCAGAUCCAGAGCAGCUCUUUGCCAAGUUGGAGCGCAUCGGCAAGGGUUCCUUUGGCGAGGUCUUCAAGGGUAUCGAUAACCGGACCAAACGCAUCGUGGCUAUCAAGAUCAUCGACUUGGAGGAAGCCGAAGAUGAGAUUGAGGACAUUCAACAAGAGAUCACGGUGCUGAGUCAAUGCGAGUCACCCUUCAUUACCAAGUACCAUGGAUCCUACCUCAAGGGUAGCAAGCUAUGGAUUAUUAUGGAAUACCUUGGAGGCGGAUCAGCCUUGGAUCUUCUGAAACCUGGCAAGAUAGACGAAGUCUUCAUUGCAACAAUACUUCGAGAAAUCCUGCUUGGUCUCCAAUACCUCCACUCGGAAAGAAUGCUGCAUAGAGAUAUCAAAGCCGCAAAUGUUUUACUGUCGGAAAAUGGUGAUGUCAAGCUGGCAGAUUUUGGUGUCGCAGGACAACUCACAGACACUCAGAUGAAGAGAAACACCUUUGUCGGCACACCAUUUUGGAUGGCACCCGAAGUUAUCAAGCAGUCAGCUUAUGAUGCAAAGGCUGAUAUUUGGUCGUUGGGCAUCACAGCCAUCGAGCUGGCCAAAGGGGAACCUCCUCAUUCUGACCUGCACCCCAUGAGAGUUCUCUUCCUCAUCCCCAAGAGUAACCCGCCCACAUUGGAAGGCAACUACAGCAAGGCUUUCAAGGAGUUUGUGGACGCCUGUCUCAACAAAGACCCUGCUUUCAGACCGACGGCAAAGGAGCUUCUCAAGUACAAGUUUCUCAAGAAUGCCAAGAAGACGUCACACCUCACUGAGCUCAUAGAUCGGUACAAGAGGUGGAAGGCUGAAGGCAAUGAGUCUGAUUCUGACUCAGAUUCCGAGCAUGACCAUGGCGAGGAGAGAUUAGUCAUGCAAAAUGAUGACGAUGACGGCUGGAGGUUUGACACCGUCCGAGGGAAUCCCGGUGCCCCGCCGGUCAGCAACGACGUCCAUGUGGAGGAUCGCGAGGUACCCAUCCAGCGACAACCCAAGUCGGAGUCGAUCCACUCCAUUUUGGAACCUGUACUCAAAAAUCUGAAGAGAAAAUAUGACGGUACUACGUCCAUAGACCAAUUGGUAAAUGCCUUUGAUUUAUCCGAGGAGUCCUUUCCUGGCAUCUGUGACCGGUUAGUCCAAAAGGUUGUCACCAGAGUAAGAGAAAACAGUUCCUUAUCCUCAGCUUCAAAAUCCAAGUAACAAAAGUACUGCUACUUUGACACACCUAACCCUGGCAAGUACCAAAUGACUGUUGGACAAUUUUGAGAGAGGUGGCUCUCCAUACAUAUCAGCAGGAGGUACUGUGUUAAUGUAUACGAGUGUGUUAGGUGCAGAGCACCUGGCUGUACUUAUCUUUGGGCCUUGACAGAAACCUAUGAAUGGCAUUGAAUGAAGAGUUGCCAACAAUUUACGGUGUUAUGGAUGUGCACCGCACCGACAGUUAUGUAAUGGGGCAAAACUGCACAGCGCAUCCCCAGACUUGAAAAGGAAAUAGAUCUUGAGAGGUCUGUUGAGUUGAUAAACGUGAUGCCUUUCAGCAAAUGUGCCUCCUGGAAAUCCAUCCACAUGAAGAAUCUCCAUUGGUCGGACGGGCGUUCCUUUGAAGCAAGAUGUCAACACAGCUUUCUGCUGAGUUCAGUGUCUGCUUCUACAAUACUUCUAUGAUUUCUCUUGAGGAUGUCUGCUACUACAACAGCAUGAAGCACACCUCCAUCCCACACCUCGCUGAAUAAUGCACAUGUUAUGUUUGUUGCACCUUGGAAGGAGAUUUUCAUGGUCGCAUAACACAGAGAAACCAACAGAGGGCGCCAUCUUCCAUGCACCAUAACGACCAUUUCUGUUGCAUUAUACAUUGUCCAUGGCCGACUGUGAUCACCACGCUACAAACCUAAGGGGAAGUUGAAUACCGAGUGACCACCGUGGGAAGGCCAUGUGACCACCACAUGAGCACCAUGUGCCCAUUCAGGGCACAGCAGCAACAUUGUUAGAUGCAAAGAUUUGAGCACUUGGGUAUCUUCAAUACUGCUCUUUGAAGUCUCUACACUUACAUGUAGGCUGCAGUGCAUUUAAGCCCUUUUUUGUACACAUUUUACUGAAAAGUGCUGGUGCACACCAUUGACGUAUACCGGUACUUGAGUUUUAUGUGCAGUUCAGUUGCUGCCUGGAGCUAGUACCGCAGUCAUCUUUGUCUACUUUCAAUUCGUGAUUGAGCCACAGGCAGUUAGUUUGGGAUGUAAUGCUAUGGCUUCUGCUGGCAUCAUGAUCUCAUAUCUUUGUACAUGCAGCCAUAGCCACAGCCUUGAAAUGUUACACCUUGGCCACACGAUCCACUGUAGUUUCGCACCUGUUGAAAAUACACUGGUUCCUUUAAUGCGACUUGCACUUUGUUAGUGCAUCAUAUGCAUUCAGGGAACCAUGCCAAAGAUGACUGCUGUGUAACUAGACUUUAUGUGUUAUUUAAGUUACAUUUGUAGGGUGUUGUACAUUUUUUUCUCUGGAGAGUACACAAAAAUUUGUAAUAAGUCCAUGUGUGCUGUAUGUUAGUUACGAAGCACAUGAAUGUAAGAACUCUAACAUAAUAUUGUAGAAGGUAUGUUUUGUUUUAUCUUAUGUCUAUCGGUAAGUUACUCAAGGAGAGGGCGUGUGUUUAGAAAAUGUUUUACUUGUUUCCGCCUUUGAAAAUAAACUUUCAUUCAACCUUGAGGAUAACUAUUUUGUCGGGUUGUGUUUGCAAGCACAUACAUGCAUUGCAAAUAAUAAAUGUAACACUAGAUCAAAGGAUUGUGAGAUUUCUUUUUAUUCAGUGUAAAGAGAUUAUACUCAGAGGAGACAGAUAUUUGUAUAUGUAUUUAUUAUUUUUAACCACAGUCAACAUGUUUCAGUGUGCGCAUGUGAAACUCUCAACCCAAGAUACAUAUCAGUAUGGUUUGAAGUUUAUGUAUUUGUAUCCAUGAGAAAAUGCUAUGCUAUAAAAACAAGUUAUGUUUACAGUGACUUGAAAAAAAUAGCUUGGACUGACUUUUGUUGAAGUCAUGUACUGAAACUGAAAGAUGUCCAUGUGUAAUUCUUGUUAGUUUUGGUAUGAGUAGACUCCUAGAUGGAAUAUUUGUUUAACCUUUCCUUCCACAGCUUUUUGUUGUUGCUAGUAAGUUUCCCGAAUGCUGAAAAAUUCCACACAGCUCAGGAAACCAGUAGCAUAUUCUUUGUACUUGGAUUAUUUGGACAUUGGUUACGAUAGGAAGUGCAUGCAGUGAUUGACUGGGUAUCGGAUUGUGGGUAGAUGUAGACGUAUGUCAUCGCCAUAAGCCCCUCACAGCGGCUAGCCAGCUCCAUGAUGCUCUCGUCCAUAGCCUCAAUCUGCUUCAGACAGCUUGGUGUCAUGCGCUCGUGUUUAGGGCCCAGUUGAGUGCAUAGUGUUUCCUUUUUGUUGGUGUACUAAAUCAACUUUAGGUGCGUGUGUUGAUGAUGUCAUUUAGAGUUAUAGAGAAAAGGGUAUAUUUUUGUUGGGAAAUGUCAGUACAGUGGUUGAGAAAACGAUUCAGUGAAGGUGAAAACUUACUGUUCACAAGUUCUGUACAGUUGUAUAUUUGUGUUGUGGUUGCUUUUGCUUUUAAUUGAAUAGUUUUUAGUGUUUCAGAAAACUCCCUUCCCAGAGGUGUAAUCAUUUUGUUUGAUUUCCUGCUAAUGCAUGCUAUCUACUUUUCAUCCAUCAUAUUUUUUUUUCUUUCACUUUGGAGCAGAAAUGUUUGAUACCAAUGGCAGCUUCUUUGAGAGAUGGUGGGUCACAUGACUCACAUCAUGUGACACAUCAGGUGGGCACAUGGCUCUGUGACAUGGCUCAUGUGACACCGACUGACUUCAGAGCAGCUGUAAAAAACAUUACGCUGGUAGGUUUUAGGUUUUUGUGUUUGAUUUUUCUCAUGUUUGACAGUUGCACAGUGCCUGCCCCCGUUAUCAAUGCUGUCCAUGCCCCCUUCAAAUCCACAACUGUUUUGCACUGGCCACGUGGCCAUUGUAACAGUUUAUUAACACCUUGUGGAAAUAUAUUUAUGGUUUAUUGCAAUGCAAUAAGAUGAAUUCCCCCCCCAACCAUAACUCUGACCCUCUCCACUACACCUGUCAUUAUUUUCAAUCAAAUUGUACGAUCUAGUGUAAUAUCUUCACUCAGAACCGGUAGCCUUCAAAGGAUGAUAAACUUUUCACCCACCAAUCCCUGAAACGUCUAAAAUACGAUCUUUUUCUUUCACUUUAAUGUUGUGGGUAUUAGGCUUUGUAGAUUGUGGUUAAUAUUGGUUGGCAGUAGAGUGCACAGUAAACUGCUUAUUUAUUUUGUUCAUCUAUGUAGACAUGACACUUUAAGAACACAAAAACAAUGACUUAUCUUUACCUUGUUCAAGAUGGAGUUUUAAGGCAGUAAUUUUUUUUAUUUUUUUUUAAUGUGAACUUUGGAUUUCUUUUUCCUGCGUUGAUGUGGUGUGGCGAGUUUUGCUGUUGAAGAAAGCAUGUCUUUAAAUGCCAUGUCAGUGACUUUUUUGUGUGUUUUUUUUCUCCACGUUUGGGGCUAGCUUUCAGUUUCAUUCUGGGCUCUUAGCAGGCUAGUCUUGUAGCCCAACUGGCUGAAACAGACAAUUCAAAUAUGAUCCAAGUUGCUCACAAAAAAAAUUAUCAGUGCUGGUUUGAAAGCUAGGAUCCCGGUUUAGGAUUGGGUACUUCUUCUUUUAACAAGCCAAUCAGGAACUUUGAUCACAUUAACGACAUGCGUAGGUUGCAGUUUUCUUUUCCAUCUGUUAGAGAGAUGCAAUGCACUCUGGUUUACAGUGACAUUGAAGUUUGUCGAUAGAUUUCUGAUAAAUUUGGCGUGUCAAGCUCUGGGAAAAUGUAAGGGUUAUAUGCUUAAUUAUCGAGGUUUCUUAAUUAGUACCGUGUGUAGAUAUUGUUACAUGUAUAUGGAUUGGAACUUAAUCACGUUGUCAUUUGUUUAAUAAAUUAAAAGUGACUGUUGUGAGUUGUUAUACAAGUUUGAAAUACGAUGGUGUAUACAUGUAUUACUUUUUUCCUUUUAAUUAUCACCUGUAAUUUGUAGGAUUUUUGUAAGUAUUGUUAAUAUUUAGGUGUUUGGGAUAUAUUAAUAUAAUAAUCACUUUGUAAAUUAUAUUUGUAGAUUCAGAUUGACUUUCCUUUUUGGGGGAAGAAAAACAAACGGGGACAUGAUCUUUGAAACUGUUGGACAGUUUGUGUGGUCAUUUGAUCCCCAAAACUUCUUCAGUUGAGAGAAUGAGGGCUAUUUUCUGCAUACCCAGGUUUUUAUGUGUUUCGAGAAUACAUGUAAAAUUGUAAAGUAUCGGGAACCAAAUUGAAGACAGUUGUGAAUAAAACAAAGCACACCUUUAUACACCACAGGUUGAUGCACACAAAGUUCCAUUUCUUGCUGGAGGAAAAAAGCUUGACUUUUUUUUAUUGAUGUACAAAAGUCAAACAGUACAUGUAUUCGACACUGCCGUGACCAUAUCAGAAAAUAAAGUACAUAUUUCAAGUGAUAUAAUUACAAGAUAAAUUAAAUACAAGUAUGUGCACUCUACAAAUAAUAAAAUGUUUGAUAAACAA